CCGAGCUGCUGCACAAACAUCGACCUUUGCUUUGGAUGUAAACACGAAGUGUAACUGUAGUUCAGGGACCGAAGGUCGACUGUUUAUACAAAAACCCCGAAUCUGAGGCGUCAUAUUCUGUAGACCGACGGAGCUGCAUGGACUGAGUGAAACUUUUGACUGUGUUUGGUUUAAGACAGACUUCUUCUCGUGUCCAGUCCUCGUGCUUCUGUCGCCAUGAAUUUCUUCUUAGAGACUCUGAAGGUGCUCGGGUUGUCGGUGGUCUACUACCUCGAGGCGUUCUUGCGGCUCUUUGUGCCCGCGCGGAGGAAGAGUGUAGAGGGCGAGGUGGUGCUGAUGACCGGAGCCGGGUCAGGAAUCGGGCGGAUCAUGGCGCUGGAGUUCGCGCGGCUCGGCGCGCGCCUCGUACUCUGGGACAUCAGCGAGGAGGGAAACCUGGAGACCGCGCGCCUCAUCAAAGAAACACACGGCGCGCGAGCGCACACCUACACCUGCGACUGUAGCAGCCGUGAGGAGGUGUACAAAGUGGCGGACCAGGUUAAAAGAGAAGUGGGUGACGUUACUAUUUUGGUGAACAAUGCCGGCAUCGUCACAGGGAAAAAGUUCCUGCAAUCACCAGAUACUCUUAUAGAGAAGACUAUGGAGGUCAACAGCUUGGCCCAUUUCUGGACAUGCAAGGCUUUUCUUCCAGCGAUGAUUGCUGCAAACCAUGGCCAUGUGGUCAGCAUAGCUAGCUCAGCCGGACUGAUCGGUGUCAGCGGACUGGCAGAUUACUGUGCUAGCAAGUUUGCAGCAGUGGGCUUUGCAGAGUCUAUGGCUCUGGAGAUGUUGGCUAUGGGCUGCAGUGGAGUAAAGACCACCAUCGUGUGUCCCUUCUUCAUCAACACUGGGAUGUUUGAUGGGGCUAACACAAAAUGGCCAAGAAUCAUGCCCAUUUUGGAGCCGGAAUAUGUGUGUCGAAAGAUUGUGGAUGCUGUGCGAAGAAAUCAGGUCUACCUCUAUCUGCCUCGGAGCAUGUAUUUCUCCAUCGCUCUAAAAAAUAUGUUACCAGUUAAGGUAGGAGUGCUGCUCGGUGAAUAUCUGGGAGCGUUUGACUUUAUGGCUAAGUUUAAAGGGCAUUCCAAGAAGAGCAACUAAAGACUGAAGAAAAAACUUACGCCGUCCGUAGGAUCAUCGUCUGUGUUUUCAGUGACAUUAGACUAAAGGCAUUAAUGGAACUGGGCGAAGUCAAAUUGAGAAGAAUAAAGCAAUGAAGAAUUAUUUUAAUAUGCCAGCAAAACAAUGCAAACUACUAUUGAGACCAAACUGUAACCACUCAAAAGCACUUAAUCUGGAAAGUACAUAAAAUGUACCAGUAUAAUAACAACGUAAUAAUAGUAGUGAAUGUCUACAUGUGUUUAACAACUGUUUGUAUUUUAUGAGGAAACUAAGUUGUAAACUGAAGCAGCCAGCACUUAUUGGUUGUAAAUGUUAUCAUGUCUUGUAUUAGGACAUACUGUACCUCUGAGUAGGGACACACACAGUGUGCAUAAGUUGCCUUGACUGACGUUUCUGUAACUCAUUUAAUAUAUUUCUUAACAGAGUGUAAAAUGUACUGAGGAUAGUGGUGCUAAACCAAGACUAAGAUCAACGACUAAACACUGUUCAAUGUGAAACCUAAUAAAGCUUUACUUUAUUGAUUAA